AUGGGCGCGCGAGAUGGGCUGCGACACGCGCAGUUCAAACCUAUGAAACGCGCCAUGGACGGCGCGUUCGGCGAUCGAGAGCACGGCGCGGCGGCGAACGUCGAGGGGACGACGCGCGCGCACGCGAGCGACGGAUCGAGCUUCGUCAUGACGCAGCCGAGCGGACUGGCGCGGUCGCAGCAGGUGUUCCUGGCGCAAAAGUUUUUAAAUCUGCCGGCGAUGCCGAGCUACGUCGAGAGCGAGGGAGGGAUGGUGCUCGAUCGAGUGGUGCUGAACGCGGGACGGGGGAAUUGGUGGACGACGCUCACGGCGCGCGCGCGAGCGCAACGCGCGUGGAACACGGAACAAGUGCAAGAGGGGAAGGCGCAUCGAGCGCUGUUGGAUCCAUCGAUGUACGCGUUGGGAGGGAGGUUCAGGGCAAACGCGUUGGAGAACGUGGCGGUGAAAGCGAUCGGGGAGUUGGGGUCGGUGAAGGGCGUCACGCGCGCGUUUGCGAAAAAGUUCAAGCUGAGCGACGAGAAGGACGACGACGCCGAGGCGGCGUUGAAUCCACGCGGCAGGGUCUCCGUGCAAGCGAAACUUCCGUCGCAUUUACUCAGUGUGGAUUUGUCGCACAAUGAGAGGUACCAAACGGACGAUAGGUACGUGGACGGUCCCACGUCGGCGUCGGUGAGCGUGUCCUCGCGCGGUCGUCGAGCGAUCAACUACCGCGUGAGCGCGCGCAAGUGGUUGGGGGACUUGGUACCGUUCGAUAGGAAGCACGGAGGAGGGAUGCGAACGCCGCCGAGGAAAGAAUUACAAGCUGGUGUGUCGUACGAGCAACAAGCGGUGUUAUGGCGCGGUCGUCGACGCCGCAAACCGAAAUCAUCGAGCGCGGUGAGCGGGUACACCGCGCUGCCGCAAGUGCCGACGAUUACGGUGGGGGGAAUUUACGGGGCGGUCGUGCGGAAGAGUUUAGAUGAUGAUUACAAAGAUGGCGAGCAAACUGAACUGCAAAAUUUCGGCUCGUUAUCUGUGAAUGCACAAGUUGGGUCUUUCGCACGUCCUUUGCUCGAUUUCACGUCGAUCAAUCUGCGACUCGACGCGGGCGGUAUGGGAACGCCCAACAAGCCGCUCGACGCGGCGGCUCAAACACCACUGCCUCUGGCGGAUCGUUUGAUCACCAUGGGGGGUCGAUUGAAAGCAAAUCCGGUUUCAGUGACGCUAAGUCUUGGACAGCAACUUCUCGGUCCGCUGCGAUUCAGAGCCGAAGUGCGCGCCAGCGGCGCGGAGGCUUUGUCCGCCACGCGCGCGGGCCUCUCCGCGCUCAAGGAACGAAAGACCAUGACGGAGGUUCGCGAGUCCAUUCAAAAGCAAAUCGUGAAGCCAGAAGUUGUGUACGGCUUAGAUUGUGCAUUACCUCCAACGAUCGGUAGUGCGCGCGUCGUAGCGUGGUACAACGCGACGAGACAGGAAGCCAUGGCGGAGCUCCGACUGUUCGACUUGUAG